UAGCCCAGAUCACAAAGACGACGACCAAACGUGGUCCAUAAACGACGUCAUCGGCACUAGACGGGAUCGGAACACUAUGAUCGGAGACGUGGAAAAGAUGGUGGCGGUGGGCAUAGUGUGGGGCGCCACGAACGCUACUAUGCGCCGCGGCGCUCUCCUCUGGGACCAGUCCCUCAAAUCUUCCUCUCCGUCAAAACCACUCUGCCCACCGAAACUCCACCAGCGAUUCCUAGCUUCACUCAAGAACUGGCUUAGUCUUCUUUUGUUUUGGCAGUAUUCGCUCCCAUUCUUGCUAAAUCUAUCUGCCUCUGCUACUUUCUUUGCUAUUUUGAGCGAUAGCCCCAUAUCUCUGGCUGUUCCGGUCACCAAUGCCACGACUUUUGCUGCCACCGCAGUGUUCGGUAUACUCCUCGGCGAAGAGACACGGCUUGGGUUCGCAUUGUUGGGUACGGCUUGUAUUAUAAUUGGUGUUUGGUUAUGUAUUGCGUGACAGAGAACUGAAAAUCGCUUGGUAUUUGCUGUUUGCCUCCUCUUUUACUUUUUGUCUAUUUUAUGCGCCCAUUUUCUUUGAUAAUUGAUCCAGAGCUAUGUGAAUUUGAAUAUUGGAAUGCUUAGAUUGUAUGAUUUGCAA